CCACGAUGGCCCAUAGCGAGUAGACAAGCGAGGCUUAUGUAGGUUCCGAGUGUUCCGGCUAACUCCAGACAUCAAUUUGUCGGUCUCUGAUGAUCUGUUGGCUGGUUUUCCUGUUCACUGUCAUUCUUAUAACACCUCAACAAUCUAAUCAUGCCUCACCGAUCAUCUUAUCAUGCUUCCACGAUUAUCUUAUCAUGCGCUCCCUUCUAUACUUCGCAGCUCUCCCCAUACCCUGGGUGGCUGCAUUCUCGUUCAAUGCCUACGACCUGGGCUUUCGUGGCAUCUAUCCCCGUCAGCAUUUCCACUCUGUCGACUUUGAGCCACCCGCGCCCAGGAUAACACAAUGGGAUUCCCGGUGCGACUCUGGGAAUCUCCUCCUCCUCACGCCAAGGGGCCCCUUGGUAGCUGGCGCAGCACGAGGCCCAGUUAUUCUGGACGCGAGGGGCAACUUGGUCUGGAUGGAGAACAAUCAGUUUGAACAGGCCAUGAACUUGAACGUGCAGGAAUACAAGGGCCAGGACUACUUGACAUUUUGGACGAAGAAGAAGAAGACUAGUCACUCAAAGCAUUCCAAAAAGUCAUAUGUGCUGCUUAACUCUUCUUACGAGGUCGCUUAUCGGGUACACCCGAAGGGUGCUGGUCUCAAAGGAGACUCUCAUGAAUUUCGCAUCACUCCACAAGGCACUGCUCUCAUAACGAUAUACCAUAAACACAAAGCGGACUGUACGGAGUUGGGGUUGGGCAAGAGCUGCUGGAUUCAGGAUGGUCUGUUCCAAGAGAUCGACAUCGAGACGGGCGAUCUGCUUUUCGAAUGGCGAGCCACUGAUCACAUCCGCAUGAAGGACGUAUACAGCAGUCCUUCACGUAAGGAUGGACAUGGGAAAUCCAAAAAGGACGCGUUUGAUUUUUUCCACAUUAACAGUGUCGACAAAACCGACUCAGGCGACUACCUCAUCUCCGCCCGCUACAUGCAUGCCGUCGUGUGCAUCAGCUCGAAGACAGGCGACAUCCUGUGGCAACUGGGCGGCAAGAACAACGGCUUUAAAGAUCUGAACGGCGCCACCAAUUUCGCCUGGCAACACCAUGUGACAUGGCAGGGCAACAACACGAUCUCGCUCUUUGACAACCACGCCAACAACGUCUUUCACAGCCCGUCCAAACACAGCAAGGGCAUGCUGAUCCGACUCGACAUGGAGGAGAUGACUGCCACCCUGCUGCAGGCAUUCGUCCACCCAGACAAGAUCCUCAACGUGUCCCAGGGCUCGGUGCAAGUGGUGCCGGAAAGCGGCAACGUGCUCGUCGGAUUUGGCAACUCGCCAACCUUCGUCGAGUACUCGGCGGAGGGCAAGGUGCUCUGCAGCGCCCACUUCGCGCCCCACCUCAUCUUUGAGAUCAUCGACUUCGGAUUCGUGAAAUCGUACCGCGUCUUCAAGAAACCGUGGGUGGGGAGGCCCAAGACGGCGCCGGAUGUGAAGGUGAAGCGCGGGAAAGUCUACGUGAGUUGGAAUGGAGCCACCGAGGUGACGGGGUGGAGAUUAGAGACGGCCAAGGCGGUGGAGGCCAAGGACCACGAGUUCGUGACCAUCCAAGAACUGAAGCGUGACGGGUUCGAGACGAGCUUUACACUUCGCAAGGACCAUGGCUACGUACGGAUCGCGGCGCUGGACGCCACGAAUGCUGUCAUGGCAUACUCGGCGAUCGUGAAAACGCCUUCGCCUUCUCUCGCGGUCUGGUCAAUCUUCUUCUUGAUCUUCGGCUGCGUGGUCUUGGGACUCGGCUUCGUGGGCUUGGUCUUCCUAUAUGGGAAAUACCCAGAGCUUCCGCGUCCUCCAAAGCUGUCUGGGCUCCGAGCUCGCCUAGGUGCCGCCGUGACAGGUAAUCAGGCACAUAAUCCGGAAACAGAACCUCUGUUACUGGAUGAGAGAGAUCCUUGAGCGGGGCGUGUGCUGGGGGGCCAGCUUUUUGUACUUUUACACAUUUUCACCGAUUCUACGCUAAUAUUGUCGAUGAUGCUCAGGACGACCAUACUAAACUCGUCUUGGAGACCGAUCAUUCUACAGGUGUCCCUGGUCACAUCAACGGAAGUGAAGGUCAGAGAAGCCUCCGUUCCUCUGGGACGCUGGCAAGGAGCUUGGGACAGGGUGCCAGGGUUCCCUUGCAGGUUCUCGACACAGCCAAUAUACCACUGCAUCAUUCUCUCAAUUCGUGGACAUAGCAGGUGCGGAUUUGCGCCCAGGACUAUGCAGUCUUCGAGGCCCGGAAGUCAGGCGAGAGAAGGUAUAUAAGGUUGCAGAAGACAAAGAGCUCGCAUAAUAGUAUACUGAAAAGAAACGAGGUGCGAGAGAGGACCAGCGUUAAUCAUCUCAUCAAAGUCGACGACGAGCUUCCAGCCUGCC